CGCGACUGUGUGGCAGUAGCAGUUGACCGUGUGAACUCGUCCACUCGCGUCUCCGCAACAGCAGCCGAAGCUCCUCUCCCCUCCCCUGAUCCCCGUCUCCGCCGCUCCUCUUCCCCAAAUCCGUCGAACCCCAACGCCAAUCCACGAUCUCCUCGCGCGCCCCCGCGGAGUGCUGCGGCCCCCGGCCGAUCCUCACAAGGCAGGCAGGCUCUUUUUUUUUUUUGAAGCUAGGCAGGCAGGCCCUCGUUACAUGGAUUGGCGCUGCUGGGAUCGUGCCGCGGCGUAAACCCUCGUGCCUGAGCUGGCCCGGUUCGGCCUGGUUGGUUGGUUUGGUCAGGUCUUGGUGGACUGAGUGGUUCCUGGAGGAGGAGCUGUUUGGGGAAUUCUGGAAGCUGGUGGAAUUGGAGUCGCUAGACCGCUUUAGCUUUGUGGAGGGUUACGGAAUAAUACGGUAUCACGGUGCAUGGGAGGUGAGCAGUUGGAUUAGGCAUAAGGUGGGGAUCAGGGGGGAUUUUGGUUAGGAAGGAGGGGGAUGGGAGGCCUCUGCUCAAAGGUCUCGGCAGUAGACAAGUCGCCGAGCGACACCGCGCUCGGCAGGAACCAGGUGUUCGAUCAUGAGCCGGUGGUGUUGUUGAAGGAGGAGGAGGAGAAGAAGUCGGUGUCCGAAGAGGCCGCGACGAAGAAGGUGGAAGAGCAGCAGUCUUUCUCGUUCUUGGAGAGCGUCGUGCCCGGCCUUGCUGCGUACAAUGGUACAGAUGCUGAGCACACAGGGUCCAGGACACCACAACUGGCUCGGACACUGUCGCAAAGGGCUGGUCUGGGCAAGGCCAAGGUUUCGGAAAUGAGCACAAUUUUAGGUAGAGCUAGCACUGUUGGACUUGGGAAAGCUGUGGAGGUUCUAGACACACUUGGUAGUAGCAUGGCGAGUUUAAAUGCUAGCAGUGGCUUUGUUUCAAGUUCUGGAGCAAAGGGAAAUAAAAUAUCUAUUUUGGCUUUUGAGGUGGCAAACACAAUAGUUAAGGGUUCCAAUCUAAUGCGUUCUCUGUCAAAUUCUAACAUAAAGCAUAUAAAAGAAGUGGUGCUUCAUUCAGAAGGUGUCCAACACCUGAUAUCCAAAGAUAUGGAUGAACUACUUGAGAUUGCAGCUGCUGACAAAAGGGAAGAGUUAGAUGUAUUUUCAAAAGAGAUUAUUCGUUUUGGCAAUCGUUGCAAGGAUCCUCAGUGGCACAACUUGGACCGCUACUUCGAAAAGUUGGUGUCAGAAAGAACUUCCCAGCAUUCCCUGAAACGAGAUGCCGAGACCGUGAUGCAGCAGUUGAUAAUUUGUGUUCAGUAUACAGCUGAAUUAUAUCAUGAGUUGCAUGCAUUGGAUAGGUUUGAGCAAGACUAUCGUCGUAAACAUCAAGAACAUGAUGACUUGAAUUUAACAGGUGACAAUCUGCAUAUACUAAAGCAGGAAGUGAAGAGCCAAAGUAAGCAUGUUAAAAGUUUGAAAAGAAAGUCACUUUGGUCCAAGAAUUUGGAAGAGGUGAUUGAAAAGCUUGUAGACAUCGUCCACUUCUUAGAUCUGGAAAUUUAUGAUGCCUUUGGUCAUGCUGAGAGUGAAGAGCCACAAGAACCCGUGAAACGCCAUAAUAGAUUGGGACCAGCAGGCCUUGCGCUCCAUUAUGCAAAUAUCAUCAGUCAGAUUGAUACACUUGUUUCCCGGUCAAGUUCUAUCUCUUCAAACACGAGGGAUAAUCUAUACCAAGGUUUGCCGCCUACUGUCAAAUCUGCUCUCCGGCCUAAGCUACAAUCUUUUGAGAUAAAAGAAGAGCUUACGGUUUCUCAAAUCAAAGCUGAAAUGGAGAAAACUUUGCGAUGGCUUGUCCCUAUUGCCCAUAAUACGACUAAGGCACACCAUGGCUUUGGUUGGGUUGGAGAGUGGGCAAAUACAGGAUCUGAGCUGAGCUGCAAGCUAUCAGGACAGAUGGACUUGACCCGGAUCGAGACACUGUAUCAUGCUGAGAAGGACAAGACUGAAGCACAUAUCCUUGAGCUUGUUGUGUGGCUUCAUCAUCUCAUCAGUAAAUCCAGAACAGCCAAUGGAGAUAUAAGGUCUCCUAUCAAAUCUCCUGUCCGUUCACCGACACAAAAGGGUCAUACAAUUAGGUUGCAGCUGGACCCAGCGAACAAUUCAUCGCCGAUUCUCACACCAGAGGAUCAGGAUAUGCUAAGGUGUGUCAAGUACAGGAAAUUCGUCCCUGGGAUAAGCAAAAGUCAAGAAUUCGACACAAAGUCGAGGCACGACAAACAUAGCAGAUUGUGCAAGAGCAAUAGCCAUUCUCCAACCAGUGGCAACAGGAAAGAUCUGCUAUCAUUUAGGAGGUUCUCCAUGCUCCCUGUCAUAGACUUCGAGAUUGAUAGGACAAAGGCUUUGGAUUUGAUUGACAGGCUUGAUGGUCUGGAAAUUCAGUCAGGAAUCAACUGAAAGAAAUGUGAAUGAACCUGGAUACUGUGUAGUCAUCUUCUAUCCUGAAAUCCAUAGCUCUGGCAAGGAUGUAAAAAGUCGGUGUUUACCUACAGGCUACGCGAGGCCACCCGUCCGAGGUGAAGACCUAGCAGUAUGUCAAUUUGAGAGUAACUGGUGUAGCAAACAUUGUAUUAUAUGCCAUGUUCUGAACAGAAGAGCGGAGUUAUUGUAAAAACUAUCUAAUGUUUAGUUGCUUGUAUAAAACACAAGUUUUGAAGAAAAUAGGAUAUCUGUGUUGUGAAUA